AGCUGAUGUGGUCUCAGGAGGGCAGCACUGGCCCCGAGCUGUCGUCACCUGUGCCAGCGCAAGACGCUCAGCCCGAGCUCCAAGAUGGCAGCCCCGAGGAGUGGCACGUGAGGUUCAGAACAUUCAACGGCUGGGAGGAUGCUGACCCCGUCAGGGACCUCAGGAUGCUGGGCGAGCUGUGCCGCCGGUGGCUGCGGCCUGAGGUGCACACCAAGGAGCAGAUCAUGGACCUGCUGGUGCUCGAGCAGUUCCUCAUCUGCACGGCUCCAGAAGUCCAGGUCCUAGUCAAGGAAAGCGGUGUGACGAGCUGCCAGGACCUGGAGGAGCUGCUGCGAAACAGCUGGAGGAAGCCCACGAGCUACGGAGAGGCACCCCAACCGAGCAGCACUGCGGUGAAGAGAGACCCGGAGGACCCAAGCCCCAGGCCACACCUGGACGAGGAGAGGAGGGACCGUGAAAGGCUGCAGCCCCUGGGGGCUCCUGCAGGUUCUGGGGAGGACGCCAGCGAAGGGGUCGUUGCCUGCGGUUCGGGGGCCGACCCACCUCCCAUCCCUGCUUUGGAGGCAGCAGCUUCACCCCGCAGUGGCAGUCACAGACGGAGACGUGUCAAGAAGAGGAGGGUCCGUCCAGAGGGGUCGGGGGAACACCCACAGGCAGAGGCAAGCAGGUUCCCAGCAGCUGCCUGCCUGGCUGGGGCGCCCCCGCACCCCACGGAGCCGGCCCCGCGUCUCUAUCAGUGCAGGGACUGCAGCAAGAGUUUCUGCUACAGAUCCCAGCUGGUCACCCACCAGAGGUCACACACCGGCGAGCGGCGCUUCCAGUGCGGGGACUGCAGCAAGAGUUUCUGCUACAGAUCCCAGCUGGUCACCCACCAGAGGUCACACACCGGCGAGCGGCCCUUCCAGUGCGAGGACUGCAGCAAGGGCUUCAUGCAGCACUCCGACCUCCGCGUGCACCAACGCAUCCACACGGGCGAGAAGCCCUUCGUGUGCGCCGACUGUGGCCACGCGUUCUCCCACGAGGCCAGCCUGGUCACCCACAGGCGCGUCCACACGCAGGAGCGGCCGUACGAGUGCAAGUACUGCGGCCAGUCCUUCAGCCACAAGGGCAACCUCAACGUGCACUGCCGUAUCCACACCAACACGAAGCCCUACUGCUGUGACGUCUGUGGCCAGUGCUUCCGGCAGCUGGGCACCUUCAAGCGCCACCUCAAGAUCCACAAGAGGACCGUGCCCCCCAAACAGGAGCUGUGGCUGCACCGUAUGAUGGCAGGCAGUCAGGGCCUGGCACCUGCGGGAGAUGUGUGGCAUGCUCCCCCCCAGGAGCCCCCGGCUGCCAUGCACCCGGCACCCGCCUGGCCUCUGUUGGCACUUCCCGGAGCUGCAGGUCACCUGCUUCCCGGGUUCCUGGAUGAGAAGGCCCGUGGCACUCCUACCAUCCCGAUCCCUGUGGACAGGCAUGCUCCCAAGUAG